CUUUUGGCCCAUGAAUAAUAUUACAAUAUGGAGUACUAUCAUUAAGGCUGUUUCUCUCUCCUCCAUCCCAUCUCCGUCGCCCGGAAUUUCUCGCCGCCGUCGCCGUCCAAAACUUCUAGGAAAUCCCAGUUUCAGGAGUGAAGUUUUCAUCUUUUAUUCAGGAAGUUUGGCUGCCAGGAAAUAGUUUAAUUGAGAGCAAUGGGGAAAGCGUCGAGAGAUAAAAGAGAUAUUUACUAUAGGAAAGCCAAAGAGGAAGGAUGGCGUGCUCGGAGCGCCUUCAAACUGCUACAGAUUGAUGAGGAAUUUAACAUAUUCGAAGGGGUGAAGCGAGUAGUAGAUUUGUGUGCAGCACCAGGGAGCUGGAGUCAGGUUUUGAGUCGAAACCUCUAUCUCCCAGCAAAGCUCUCACCUAAUUCCAAUGAUAGUGAUCUACCACUUAUUGUUGCAAUCGAUCUCCAGCCUAUGGCUCCAAUAGAAGGUGUUAUUCAAGUUCAAGGGGAUAUUACCAAUGCUCGCACUGCUGAAACGGUCAUCAGACAUUUUGAUGGAGGCAAGGCCGAUCUUGUCGUGUGUGAUGGAGCACCUGAUGUAACUGGCCUACAUGACAUGGAUGAAUUUGUCCAGUCCCAACUCAUAUUGGCGGCGUUGACAAUAGUUACCCACAUUCUUAAGAGAGGUGGAAAGUUUAUCGCAAAAGUAUUUCGAGGGAAAGAUACUAGUCUCCUUUACUGUCAGUUGAAAUUAUUUUUCACGGAAGUAACAUUUGCAAAGCCAAAAAGCAGCCGCAAUUCAAGCAUAGAGGCUUUUGUGGUAUGUGAGAAUUACUCGCCUCCUGAUGGAUUCAACCACAAAGAUUUGCAUCUUCUCCUGGAGAAAAUUGGUAGUCCUUCUGGUGCUGACGAUCUAGAUUGCAGCAGCGGGUGGCUUGAAGGGCCUAACAAGGUGUAUAUCCCAUUUUUGGCGUGUGGUGACCUCAAUGGGUUCGACUCAGAUCGUUCAUAUCCACUUCCCAAGCGUGCAGAUGGGUCGUACCAGAGCUUAGAUCCUGUACAACCUCCUAUUGCGCCCCCGUACAAGCGAGCUCUGGAGAUGAAGAAGGCUUCCAGCCAUGGAGUUCAAGGUCUUGAAAAACUUUCCCUUGAUCCAUGAGAAACCUUCUUUGUUAGAUGAAAAUAUACAUGCAAUGAUGCAAAUACAAGUGGUUGCUGUAUGAUGGAUUUAAAUUAUUAGGCGGUGAUUCUUGAUAUUUUCUGGAAAUUUUGUACCAUCACAUGUAACUUAUUAGUAUUGUCAAUCUUUUCAAGAUUUUAGCC